AUGGGCACAGUGUGGCUAAGAGGUGCUAGAGGCUGGCGGGCGGCAGUCCAGCUGGCGGGGCAGAUGCGGCGCAACGCGACGGCGGCGACGCCGCUGCUGGAGUACGACCGACGGGUGGGCGCAGGGCAGCUGCGGGACGAUACGCACCAGCGGCGGAUCAUCGCGUCGCUGGCGCACCUGCACGAGCAGCUGGCGGCGUACGAGCCGCCAGCGGUGCAGACGCCAUCGCCGCUGGAGCAGGUGGGCUGGCGGACGUCGGUGCUGGGGCGACUGCUGCGGCGGCGGGAGCAGUAUUCGAGCGAGGGCGUGUGCAAGGGGAUCUACCUGUACGGGGACGUGGGGUGCGGCAAGACGAUGCUGAUGGACCUGUUCUACGCGACGGUGCCGCGGCACCUGUCGAAGCGGCGGAUCCACUUCCACCAGUUCAUGCAGUACGUGCACAGGCGGUCGCACGAGAUCGUGCGCGAGCAGAACUUGGACGCGCUGGGGGAGGCGAAGGGGCGCACGAUCGACCCGAUCCCGCUGUUGGCGGCGGAGAUUGCGACGCAGUGGCGCGUGCUGUGCUUCGACGAGUUCCAGGUGACGGACGUGGCGGACGCGAUGAUCCUGCGGCGACUUCUGACGCUGCUGCUGUCGAACCGGUACGGCGUGGUGCUGUUCACAACAAGUAACCGGCGCCCGGACGAGCUGUACAUGAACGGGAUCCAGCGCGAGUCGUUUGUGCCGUGCAUCGAGCUGCUGAAGCGGCGCACGGAGGUGAUCUUCCUCGACUCGCCGACGGACUACCGCAAGAUCCCGCGGCCGGUGUCGUCCGUGUACUACUUCCCCGCGCGCGGGGUGCGCUACCGGUCGGCGACGUGCGAGGCCGCGCGCGCGCGGCACGUCCGAGACUGGUACGACUACUUUGCGCAGCUCCAGUCCGAGGAGCAGCCGGUCCCCGCGGCGCGGCCGCAGAUCCUGCACGACUUUCGGGUCAAUACAUGGGGCCGCGAGCUAGUGGUCCCCAGCUGCAUACCUGGGCGCGUAGCGCAGUUCUCCUUCAAGCAGCUGUGCGCGCAGCCGUUGUCUGCAGGGGACUACCUGGCGCUGGCGAAUUCGUUCAACGCAUUCAUCGUGACGGACAUUCCUUAUCUCUCCAUCUUUGUGCGUGAUGAGGUGCGCCGCUUCAUCACCUUUCUCGAUGCAGUCUACGAUAGUGGCGGGAAACUGGCCACCACCGGCGCUGCCUCCUUCUCUGAGCUGUUUGUAGAGCCCGAGCAGCUGCUGAACGACUACCAACUAAAGGAGGAGCCGCAGACCCCUCACAAUGCCGACGAGUCGCCCAGCGAUAUAGCCAAGCGGUCGACUAUGUUUAUACUUGAUGAGGAGAGGUUUGCGUUUGCCCGUGCUCUAAGCAGACUUUCGCACAUGAGCACCAGCGAAUGGGUAGAAAAGAAAAGGGCCGAGUAG